AUGAACAUCCUGAAUCUUUGGAUUGUUAACACCUUUAUAGACUCAGAGAGCCCAGGGACGUGGCGAGCACGAGCAGCAAAUUCACCGACACGAACACCGGUUUCUUGUGCCUCUUCUACCGUGGCAACUCAGACCAUAGCCUCUUCCUCUUCCUCGUCAACUGCCGAUACGGUCAACAUGUUGCCCCUCCGUCAACUACGCACUGCUCUGCUCAGCGAGCGCCUCGUUGGUGGAGUAAAAACGCAGCGCGCCUUCAGCGAUGUUAAUCCGCCAUGGUCACAGCUCGAUUUCAUUGCACAGGCUGCAGAUCUGGUCCACCUCGCUUCCGCAUCGGUGGUGGCAAGCCCCGAAAAGACUACGCCCCGAUUGCCUGCAAAGAAGCGCAAGUUUGAUUGGGAUCGGAAUAAUGGUGAUUCCUCACCAGUAGUCCCGCCUCCACCAGCACCUCAGCUGCCUUCGCUACAGUCGCAACCUCAACCCGCCUCACUUAUUGUCGAUAAACCUGCCCAAUUGGGCGCGGAGAGUACGCGUUCCUCUUCCGUCUCCCCAUUUGUGGAGUCCUGUGCCACUACCGCUGCGUCGCUCUUUCAUUGUUCCGCCACCCAGCGUGCCGCGUCAAGACUGGAGACACCGGUAAAACAGCGAAAACUCUCCUACCCUGGCCUGUCUUUCACCCCCGACACUGCCGGAGGUCUCGCCUCACUGCGUCCCCCGCCAUCUAUUCCAGCCUUUUCCGCGCGUGCCGAUGUGGUACCAUCACGACGUUCUUCGCUUGUGGUGGACGUCCACAACAGCAACAACAGCAGCAGCACCUCGACGCCCACUUCUGCGUCCUCUUCCUCUUCACUGAACAUUGUUGCCGCCGUGUCCAACAACACUACUCGCAUGCGGUCACCACCGGUACCACCACAAUCGAGUAGUCGAUGGAAAGGCAAGUUUCCUUCGCCUCAAGCUCCGACUUUGUCCACCUCGGUAUCUCCACCCCAGCGCUAUCCUACACACCACUCAGAGGCAGGUCGACGCUAUUCUGUAUUCGGGACGCCUGCAGGCCUCACCCCUGCAAGGCGACACUCCUCUGUACUCUCUGCUACCUCUCCUAUCAUGUCUUCAUCCACUGCCGCCUCCGCUUUCAACCCUCCACCGUCUCUGCACCAUCAACGCCAGCAGCAGCAGCAGCAUCAACAACUUUCUCCUUUCCAUGAAGUUAAGUAUUCCCCUCCUAUCAGUGCCAUUUUUGACUUCUUACAGCCCUUCACUCGUCCACCGAUUAAUGCGAAAAGCAUGCAGACGGAAGAGGACCUAGGAUUGUAUGGCCCCACUGCGGCUGGAGUAGGGGCACGUCCUCUAUCGGCUCCCGAUGAGCCUGUGCCUCCGACUCGCUUGUCACCUCUCAAAGUGGAGCGAUCUUCGCCUCACUCCGCCGUCUCACCUCUCCUCCCUCCGCUCACCGAAAUAUCGACAACUGCCUCAGAUGAGCGCCAGCGAAGGGUGAGUCACGUGCCGGUGCUGGGGGCUAUUCUCUCCUCAUCUGUAUCUGCUGUAAAUUCCGAAACUCCCUGCAAUCAACCGCCAAAUUACGGCCUCGGUGACCGAAAACGCUCUUUCGAUUCUCUCUUUCCUAUCACCAAGACGCGCAACUAUGGUGGUGCAGUUCUUCUGACUGGGAACGUCUGUUGUCCACCCACCGAGAAGUCCUUUGACGGCGGUUUCCCUCUUCUUCUCGUCUCUGCACCCACUUCUGCCUCUGCGGCCGAGUUUGCCGCUGCUACGGCCGUCGCCUCCGGGGCACCCGCCUCCUCGCUCAUCCCUGUGCCGGUGCAAAUUGUACCUGGAUCCGCAGCUGGAUCAACAACCUCUGUCUCCUCUAUCGCUGGUGGCGAUACGGGCGUAGCUCUUGUCUCAAAGACCACCAACGAGGCGGACCAAAGGCUCGUCUUUCCCCUCGUGCUUGCCCCUGCUCCUGAUGGGCAGAUGAGUGGCUGCGCCCUCGGCUUCCCCCUCCUCGUGCCAAGCCAUCCGAGCCAUUGCCCUUCACCUUCAUCCUGA